AAAAGAAAUAGAAGCAUGACUGAUUUGAAGACUCAUGUCCCCAACAAUCGCAAUAAUGAAGCGCCCCUUUCCAACUUGGAAAUUCCACAAGAGAUCCCACUUCCUGUCUUCCUCACCAGCUGUCUGCCCCUCGCAUUCACUCUCUUUUAUAUAUUGUCCUCUCUCGUCUCUCCCUCACUGUCAAUGCGCCCUCCUCUCUUUCCUUCUUCCAUGGCUUCCAAACCCACAGUUUCCCUUCUUCUUCUUCUUCCCUUCACCUUCCUCUUCCUCGCUAUAUCUUCUGCUACCUCCCAGACCCAAACUCUGACCGUCAGAUCUCUCCCUCAUCCAUCCACCCUCUCAUGGCCCGAAUCCGAGCCCGAAGCUUUCCAAUCGGAUCUCGAAUCUUCCCUUCCCAUGUCUCUCCAACUACACCACGUUGAUGCUCUCAGUUUUAACACGACCCCCGAGCAGCUCUUCAGUCUCAGGCUUCAACGAGAUGCUCUCAGAGCCAAAGCUCUCGUCUCCAUGGCUGCCCGAGCGGGUACCCGCAAUGUAACCCGUGGGCGCGGGUCGGGCUUUAGUAGCUCCGUGAUCUCGGGUCUUUCUCAGGGUAGUGGCGAAUACUUCACGCGUCUGGGUGUAGGGACGCCUCCGAGGUACGUGUACUUGGUGCUGGACACCGGAAGCGAUAUCGUUUGGCUCCAGUGCUCUCCUUGUAAGAGAUGCUACUCUCAGACCGACCCGGUUUUCAACCCGUCCAAAUCUAGAUCCUUCGCCGGAGUUCCUUGUGGGUCCCCGCUCUGCCACCGGCUUGACUCUUCCGGAUGUAACCGGAAAAAGGUCUGUAUGUACCAAGUCUCGUAUGGGGAUGGUUCGUUCACUGUUGGCGAGUUCGCCACCGAAACGCUGACGUUUCGAGGGACGAGGGUGGCGCGCGUGGCUAUAGGCUGUGGCCACGAUAAUCAAGGUCUCUUCGUCGGUGCGGCGGGUCUGUUAGGCCUCGGAAGAGGGAGCCUGUCGUUUCCGACUCAAACGGGCCGCCGGUUCAGCCGGAAAUUCUCGUAUUGCUUGGUGGAUCGGUCUGCCUCGUCUCGGCCGUCGGUUAUUUUGUUCGGUGAAUCUGCUGUUUCCCGAACUGCUCGGUUCACUCCUCUCCUCAAAAACCCCAAACUCGGCACAUUCUACUACGUAGAACUCCUCGGGAUCAGCGUGGGCGGCGCGCCGGUGCCCGGAGCCUCGGCUUCGCUUUUCAGGCUCGAUCCAGCUGGGAAAGGCGGCGUCAUCAUUGACUCGGGCACGUCUGUCACUCGGCUUGCCCAGCCGGCUUACAUUGCCCUGAGAGACGCAUUCCGAAUCGGAGCUUCCCACCUGAAGCCAGCACCGGAGUUCUCUCUCUUUGACACUUGCUACGACCUGUCGGGGAAGACGGAGGUGAAGGUGCCAACAGUAGUGUUGCAUUUCCGAGGCGCUGACGUGUCACUACCAGCGACUAAUUACCUGAUCCCCGUGGAUACCAGCGGGACCUUCUGCUUCGCCUUCGCCGGAACGGUGGGCAGUUUGUCGAUAAUCGGAAACAUCCAGCAGCAAGGGUUUCGAGUCGUGUUCGACUUGGGGAGUUCUCGGGUCGGGUUCGCACCACGUGGCUGCGCAUGAACGACUCUCAGUGCGAGGUGAAUGGGGGCAACUCGUUCCCGUGUUUUCUAAAUAUGUGCUUUAUUUCAAUAAUCUUUUUGAGAUGGUGAACAAGUUGGGCAGGAUUCGAGGAUGUCUCUGUCCAUGGCUUAGGCAAGGUUGUUUGAUGUAUGAUUAUUAAUUAUUAUUUAUCGGAUUAUAUACUAUAAUGACUUUGUAGUAUUUCAGAUUGA